UAGAUCGUUAUACGUCCUGUGUAUGCGGUCGGAGCACUAGAUCUUUUUCUCGAACGUGAUGCCAUGCAGUUUUGAAUUAAACCUUACAUAUACAAACAGAUGGUUAGUACUGUACUGAACUGUAUAUUUCUCUGAAUGGCUGGACGUACGUUUAUUCUCGGUAUCGUCGUAAUCUACAUCUGUUUAAACCUUUCGUGGAUUGUGGAGUCGUCAGAAAUUGUCUCUCGAAAAAAACCAACAAACCAAAGCAGUACUUAUAAAUUCGAAGGAACGGUUUUACAUUUAUCUGGAAAUGCCGUGGAUGGUAACACAAAUCAAGGACUAGGCAAGAAUUCAUGUGCGCACCAGGCCGUAGGACGAAAAGAAGUAUGGUGGAGAGUGGACCUAGAGAGAGAAGUCACCAUAGACAAGGUGGAAAUAUAUUACAGAGAUGAAGGUUCCCCAUGGACUGGAUGGAAAAAUCGAUUCGCCGGCUACGAGGUGUACCUUUCAAAUACAACCGAUAGACUUACAGGAGAGCGAUGUUUCAUUGAUAAAUCAGAGAGUGUCAACCAAAUUAUAAGUCUUGUUAACCACCCAGAAUGUAAUGGAACAGCGCAGUAUGUGACUAUAUACAACCAAAGAGAAUCACCUAAGAGGCAGAAUUGGUACGACGACAAAGACGCCCUCCUAGAACUGUGUGAAGUACAGGUGUAUGGAUGUGAAGCUGGGAAAUACGGAAAUGGAAAUUGUGACGAAACGUGUUCCUCGAACUGUCCAGGCAGUGUCUGUCAUCCCAGCUCAGGAAAUUGUCUAUACUGCGGGGACAACACAUAUACCAGAUCAUGGGAAACAUCAUGCCGGCCUUGUCCAGAAUCUUGUGCUGGCCCAUGUGAUAAUUCCGGAAAUUGUAAUGCAUGUCCAGAUGGUUUCUACGGACUUCAGUGCGAAAACAAAUGUUCGUCUACCUGUAGCAGUAACGUUUGUGAGAAGUCAUAUGGUGAUUGUAAAGCAUGUCAAGAUGGCUUCUGGGGCUCUCGAUGCAAUUUUGAUUGUUCAAAUAACUGUGAAAGAAGCGUAUGUGAGCAGACACUAGGCCAUUGUACUGAAUGCCCAGAGGGCGAGUACGGCUCAUGGUGCCACAGCAAAUGUCCAUAUACCUGUAGAAACAACGUAUGUGAGAUAAAGAGUGGAAAUUGUUCUGAGUGUAACGAUGGUUUCUAUGGUCCUACUUGCGCCAACUGUCCUGAUAACUGUUUGUCCAGAACUUGUGAUUUCUCCGGCCACUGUACAGGUGGAUGUUUAGAUGGUCAGUAUGGAAACAUGUGUGAACGGUCGUGUUCAGAUAACUGCACUACGUGUGCUCAAGACGGAGGACAGUGCUUAGCCUGCAUUGGUGGUACUUACGGCACUUCCUGUGGAAGAACUUGUGGAAAUUGUGAGGAUAAACGCUGUGACAUAACCACGGGUAACUGUAAGUCAUGUCAAAAGGACUGGACCGGACAACGUUGUGACGUCAAAGUGGACAAACAGUCAGGUGGUGAAGACAGCAACAGAGGCAUAUACGUCGGGGCUGGAGUCGGGAUUGUUGUCCUUAUUUUGAUCAUAGUAGCAGUGAUUAUUAUCAAAAGAAGAUCAACCACAUUCAAGGAAGGUACAUCGUCACCUUCAGUACAAUUUGAAAAUCCACAUCCUUCCAACAGCUCCAGAAAUAGUACAGACGAAACGAAAGGACAUGUCUAUCUCAACUAUGAAAAUGAAAGUACGCAAGAAAAAUUAGAAGACCGUGAAAACGUAUACUACAACGAAGGCCCAAUCGGUUUCCCAGUUAGUAAGCUAAAGGCGCUGAUUGCUGGAAAAAUGGCUGACGAAGAAAAAAAAUUCAAAUUAGAAUUUGAAACAUUUCCACUCGGAGCGACUCAUCCCCGUACGAUUGCAGAAAAGAAUAAGUCUAAAAAUAGAUUCAAGUCUAUACACCCAUAUGACCAUUCAAGAGUUAUCCUUGACACAGUUCCUGGUGAAAAAGGUUCGGACUACAUCAACGCUAACUACAUCGAUAAUUUUGAAGCAAGGAAGGUCUAUGUUGCAACCCAAGGACCUAUCCCAUCUACCAUCGAUGACUUUUGGAGAAUGAUUUGGAUUCUGAAGUCAGGAAAGAUAGUAAUGCUCACGAAUUUGAUAGAAGGUCGAAAGGAAAAAUGUGACAAAUACUGGCCAGACGAAGGAAAUCCAAUGUUAACGAAAACUUUUCGCAUUACGCUGGACAGAGAACGCGGUUAUGCUUCCCAUGUUGUCAGGAAAAUCACUGUCGUCAAUCUGAAGUCAAAGGAAAAGCGAGAAAUACAGCAGUUUCAUUUCACAACUUGGCCGGAUCAUGGGACGCCGAACACGUUAGAACUUGUUUUAUUUCAUCGUCGCAUGAAACUUCACGAAACCGUUCUUCCUGGCCAGAUGGUUAUUCACUGCAGUGCCGGUAUUGGAAGAACAGGAACGUUCAUUGCUCUCGACGCUCUGUUGGAGUUCGGUAAAAAAAAUGGCCGCAUCGACAUCCGGCAUUUUAUGAACACGAUGAGGAAAGAUAGGAUGAACAUGGUUCAAACAGUGGAGCAAUAUGUGGCUCUUCAUGAAGUCCUGGCGGAGGCGUUUGACCUUCAAGAUACACUCAUACCGAAGUCGAUGUUCGUGGCAAAGUAUCACGCUCUUUCGGACACGGGACAACCUCAAAAUAAGACACAGCUAAGGGAUCAGUUCAAGUUGAUGUUGGAUCUGAAGCCGGAAUACAACUUAGAACAGGAUUUUUAUGCUGCUUUACUGCCCAACAACAAAACAAAAAACAAGACUAUGGGAAUAUUGGCAUCGGAUAGAUUCAGAGCCUUCCUGAAGUCCUACCCUUCAAAUGGCAAUGAUUAUAUCAAUGCUGUCAUAACACAGUCUUACACUGGCCGAGAGGGAUACAUAGUAACCCAGUUUCCUCUCCCAGACACAAGAGCUGAUUUUUGGACCCUAGUGAUGGACUACCAAUCUGACACUGUCGUUAUACUAGGAGACGAAAAGGACCCCGAACAGAACACACCUUGGAUACCUGCCGAUAAGAAGGAUACGAGUAUCGGCGAUUUCAACGUGAAACAAAAUGGAAAGACGACAAAUUUCAAUGGCGUAGAUGUGAUGGACGUUUUAAUAAACCGCAAGAGUGUGAAGAAUGCACACAGUCUAAGAAUUUUCCGAAUGAAGGAUUGGACAAUGGAAAUGCAGGUUCCCCCGUCGAAACAAUCAAUCCUUCAUCUACUGGAGCAGGUGGAAAGCAGACGUAGAUCUAGUGGCAACAAACCGGUUAUAGUCACGUGCAAGGAUGGAUCAACACAGUGUGGACUGUUUUGCCUCAUGGCAAACACUCGUGACCAGCUCAAGAUGGACGAGGAGGUGGAUGUAUUUCAGGCAGCCCGACAACUUCUCAUCAGGCGACCAGAGUUUCUAAGCUCAUUUGACCAGUACCAUUUUUGCUAUGCAAUCCUGAACGAUUAUCUGGAGGCCACUGACGUUUACAUAAACUGAGGAUGAUUCUAACAGUGACAGUGGACUGAUGCACUAGCAGAGAACUGUGGUGGAAUAGGAGCAGAGCGCUUCUAAUGAAUUCUAAUGAUGUGUACAUGUUCGUACAAAUGUACAUGGUAGAAAAACAUUAUUCUAGAAACUACUGAUCUGUACAUUUUAUAAGGACACUGUAUUCUGGCACAGUAUGACUCUUUAUGCUACUGGUUCAGCACAUAAACUGACAUUUUGCUGUAGAGUAUGACUUAACUAGAGUCUAAUCGUGUAACUAGAGUCUAAUCGUGUAUACCUGCACUGUUAACUGUUCUGCAAGAAACUGCUCAUGCAUACUAGCUACUCAUAUCUGUAGUAAGAUCAUUUUUCUAGUUGUAUCUACUGGUGUCCAUAAACUACGAAUUACUCAAGUAUACACGGACAUGUGCCUAUCCCGUCUUUGCGUAUUGCAGAGUUAUCUUCUCUUGAGAACAGGUAUUGAUUGUUACCUCAUUGGUUUGUG